AAUAGUUUCACUUGGACUGUUUUUGACAAAACAUGAACAUAGACAAAACCUUCAUUGGAAACGACUAAAUGUUUACCUUACAUAGUUAUAGUUUAUAUUGUUGCUUCACCGGUAAUGUGUAAGACUACACAAAAGUCACAAUGGUAAUGACUAAUAUUCCAUCAUCGAGAUAUGGGAGGAAAAUCAACUGUUCCGGAAAUCAAGAAGGAUGACUGGAAAGAUACUGCUCUGCGUGCUCAUAACAAAGUCCGCAAGCUACAUAAUGCACCACCUUUAAAAUAUUCCAAAGAUCUCAGUAUGUACGCUCAAAAUCAUGCACUUUAUCUAAAAACUAAAACAAAAGUGCAUAGAAGUGGUAUGUACUGUCAAGGAGAGCAUAUUGGUGAAAAUAUUGCAGAACGUAUUUUACCAGCAUCCGUCAAAGAAUAUGGAGGGAAGGAUGUGACACAAGACUGGUAUAAUGAAAUAGAACAAUAUAGUUAUUACGACAACGACCCUCCAAAUCGCACCAAGACAAAAUGCCGAAAUUUUACACAGCUUAUCUGGAAGGACACAAAGGAAGUAGGAUUUGGUAUGACAGUGAAAGGAAGGCGCGUGAUUGUAGUGGCAUGUUAUAAACCUGUUGGUAACAUAAAAGGAAAGUAUCCUGAUAACGUUUUGCCACGUCUCGUUCAGGAACAAUCUGAAAGAAGAUUUUCCAAGUGUUUGUCUCCACGUGAUAAUGAAUCAGAUGAGGACGAUAACAUUUGACAUUUGUGUUAGUAAUGAUAUAAACAGCACUAAUUAUACUGCACUAGAUGCGCAUUUCGACAAUUAAUGUCUCUUCAGUGAUGAUCUAGCAAUUAAAAAUCUUUAAGGUAUCCGUAAUGAUAUAAAAAAACGUGGUUAUCUAAGAUUGUUUUAAAAGUAAAACAUCUCUAAAAUAUGUGAUUUAUUUUAAGAAAUGAUAAUAAACUAUUCAUUUACAUGCUGUUCCGAUGUUUAACGACAUUACGUCCGUUAUUUUCCUGUAACACCCGUUUUUGUGAUCACGAUGUCACUAAUUGUAAAUAUUCCCUAAUGUCACGUGUAAUGACGACGUUAAAAUAUUAAUAUUUUCUAGUUGAUUAAACGCAGAGUGCACGUAAUUGGGCGGUACUUCGGAUUUUUUAUGAUUUUUUUAUGCAUUUAGAACUCCUUAACUGCAUUAAAAGAUAUAUGUAGCAUUUAUAUUUUCAAAGAUAAAAUCGAUUAAAAAAUUGCAACACAAAUGUUUAAAUGUACAGAAUGCACGUAAAAAGCCGAAAUAUGCAGUUUUAAGCUACUAGAAAUGUCUUCAACUGUCUGUGAUGGCAGCCUAUUCAUUAACCGCGCUAUCUCUUCCUGAAACUAACGUUCCUUAAAUCGGUUAAUGUAAUAGUGCACCAAUUGUAUUCAAAUGCUUGCUUGGUUUACAUACACCUUCGUGCUCAUGGAAUAAUGCUUAUCUAUUGUAUCUUAAACUUGAAAUUUUUUAUGGUACAUACUGUCCAUUAUCAAAAUAGUCACAUGUUUUGUUUGACAAUAAGAUAUGAUUAAAUUGAAUUUAAAAUA